GUUUGCAUCUCCAUUGGUAAUGUGUAUCUUAGUGAUCUUUACCACUCUCCAAUAAUUUUGUGCUAAGCUGGAGGCAGAAGUAAACAAUAAGCAAUAAGACAUGUUGCAAUGAUGCAUUCUUUUUCUAAUAAGAAAACUGUAGUGUGUUCUUUUAUCCUGUCUUGAGAAUGUUAGACAAAAUUACAAGUUUUCGAUAUGAUCAUAUCAUCUGCAUUGUGUGAAGUUUAGCUGUAGAUACCAUAAAAUUCAUUCUUAUUGAAAGAGUUUCGUUUGAAAUUGUGCUUAUUCUAGUCUGCAGAAUUGCUUGUGGUGACAAGCAAUGGGUCUCAGCAAUGACCUGACAAAGAAAACUCCGAUCUUUCAUCUUCCAGUGUGGGCUUUAGUUGUGAUUUUUGUGGUAGUUCCAGUGGUUCUUUUGGUGCUUCCGAUGUGUAUUUCAAGAAGGAGAUCGAAGAAGGCUACUGAGAAGCUUCCGAUUAGCCAGAACCAAAUUGUGUCAAGUGAGUUCAAGGAGAUCAGAAUGGAUCAAAAUUCAGCAAAGAAUUUUGUUGCCUAUGGUGGGGAGUUCUCCACCUCUGAGGAUAAGUACAAUGGCAAAGAUUCGGAUAAGCUGUUGGAGCAUUUAAGAGAUGAUCAGAUCAAGAAUCCUAAUAUUAAUAGCCGAUCCGGAUCUUUUAACAAGUUAGAGGAUACAACAUUUCAGAAUGUUUCUUCCCCUCUUUCUGGACUGCCCGAGUUCUCACACCUUGGUUGGGGCCAUUGGUUUACGCUAAGGGAUCUGGAAGUCGCCACAAAUCGGUUUUCAAAAGAUAAUGUUAUUGGUGAAGGUGGAUAUGGUGUUGUUUAUCAGGGUUAUCUCCCAAAUGGAUCAAUAAUAGCUGUUAAAAAGAUCUUCAACAACCUAGGACAAGCAGAGAAGGAUUUCAAAAUUGAAGUCGAGGCCAUUGGCCAUGUCCGGCAUAAAAACCUAGUUAGACUUCUGGGAUACUGCAUUGAAGGGACCCAAAGGAUGUUGGUCUAUGAGUAUGUCAACAACGGCAAUUUGGAACAGUGGCUUCAUGGAGCUAUGAGUCAACAUGGAUGCCUUACUUGGGCGGCUCGAAUGAAGGUUAUACUAGGCACUGCAAAGGCGCUUGCAUACUUGCACGAGGCCAUAGAACCGAAAGUGGUGCAUCGAGACAUUAAGUCAAGCAAUAUCCUAUUAGAUGAUGAAUUCAAUGCUAAGAUUUCUGAUUUUGGUCUGGCCAAGUUGUUAGGUGCUGGUGAAAGUCACAUUACAACCAGAGUUAUGGGUACUUUUGGAUAUGUAGCACCAGAAUAUGCCAAUAGCGGCCUUCUGAAUGAGAAAAGCGAUGUUUAUAGUUUUGGGGUCGUGCUUUUGGAGGCAAUUACGGGAAGAGAUCCCGUGGAUUAUGGCCGUCCAGCAGAUGAGGUAAAUAUGGUGGAUUGGCUUAAACUGAUGGUUGGGAGCAAGCGGUCAGAAGAAGUGAUCGACCCGUCUCUGGAGCCCAAGCCAUCUAGAACUGCUCUUAAACGAGCACUGUUGACUGCAUUGAGGUGUGUUGAUCCAGAUUCCCAGAAAAGACUCACAAUGAGUGAAGUUGUCCGGAUGCUGGAAUCAGAGGACUACCCUUUGUCGCGGGAGGGUCGAAGACGUCAGAGAAAUCAAGGCGGAGCCACGGAAGCAGAGUCUGCAGGGAGCAAGGUCACUGAGAUACAUAAAUUAUAAAUCAAGACUUGAAAUCAGGUUAAAGUCAUAAGUCAUAAGUCAUAAAAUCAGCCAAACAAGCUCCUCGGUCUAGCUCUCAAGUUAAUAUGGAUGUGCUCAGUUAACAAAACUGGUUUGCACAAGGAGCAAGUGGUUUUUCAAGCAAGAUGUUCCCUUGGAGUUGUAUAAUUUGUGCAUAAUUUAUGUAGCAUAUGUAGCAUACACUGGAAUUGGUGUGUACAGGUCAGGUUUCGGUAUCAUAUUUGAGAAUUAAAUUUCA